AAAAUGGCGAAAGCUACUACAAUCAAAGAAGCUAUUAAACGCUGGGAAGAGAAAACGGGACAGAAUGCCGCCACUGCAACGGAAGUCAGUUUGGUUUUCCAAUGGCCACCAAUAGAAAAAAUGGAUAAUACUUUAUCAUCGCUUGUAAACUGCGAAAAACUUAGUUUAUCUACAAACUUAAUUGAAAAAGUAACGGCUUUGAAUGGUUUGAAGAAACUGCGUAUUUUGUCUCUCGGAAGGAACUAUAUUAAAUCUUUUUCUGGUAUGGAAUGUUUAGGGGAUUCUUUGGAAGAGCUUUGGAUAUCCUACAAUUUGGUAGAGAAGCUAAAGGGUAUAAAUGUGCUGAGAAAUUUGAAAGUGCUGUACAUGAGCAACAACUUGGUCAAGGAAUGGAGUGAAUUCAAUAAACUUCAGGAAUUACAAAACCUAGAAGAUCUUUUAUUCGUUGGGAACCCACUCUACGACGGGUGUGAGUUGGAAGUUUGGCGAUCUGAAGCGGCAAGGCGGCUGCCAGGGCUCAAGAAAUUAGAUGGAGAAACUGUUUUAAGGGAAGAUGAACCACCUCUGACGGUUGCUGACCUUGAGCCUGAUGGUGGUGAUGGCGUAGAAACUCUAGUCAGUGCUGAACCAAACGAUUAAUUAAUAUUCUUCAAGAACCUGCGAAGAUGAAUAAACAGAAACAAUUAAAUUAAAAUUAUCUUAUCUUGUAAAUGUGAUUGAAAAUAA